AGCAAGGUAGAUAAUCUCUCGUUCCCAACAACAUGUGUCCACGUUGCUCCGACACAAACCAUUUGCCCUAGCUCCCGCAAACUCAUCGUUCUACCCCGUCCAAUCAACUGGUACUGACAAUGAAAUCCCCGAUCCCUGACUAUCUUAACCUCGUGCUCGAGAAUGCGCGCCCGAUUGAGACUGGCUCGCCGGCUGCAUACAUCGACACACUAGCUAGGGCGGACACGUCUAAGAUGGCCGUGGCCCUUGCUAUGGUGGAUGGCAACCUAUACUCAGCCGGAGACGACCGCGUUGAGUUCUCCAUCCAGUCCAUCUCUAAAGCCUUCGUCUACGCACUGGCAAUCGAAGAUGCAGGACUGGCACAUGUGUUGGAGAAGAUCGGCGUCGAGCCAUCCGGUGACGCAUUUAACCGCCUGUCUCUCGAGCGUGGUAGCAAUCGGCCUAUGAACCCCAUGAUCAACGCCGGAGCAAUCACCGCACACUCGCUCGUCGUAUCCCCUCAUGCCACGAUAGAGCAGAGAACAGAUCGCAUCCUGAAAACGCUGUCCAAGCUCGCAGGCCGGGAGUUGCAUGUGGACGAAGAGGUCUACGAGGCUGAGCUCAAGGACGCCAACCGCAACAUGGGCAUCGGCUUCAUGCUCAAGGCAGCUGGCAUCAUCACUGGCGAUCCUCAGGAGGCAGUCAAGGGCUACAUCCGCCAAUGCGCCAUCAACGUCAAUGUGCGCGACUUGGCCAUGAUGGCGGCGACGCUUUGCAACGCCGGCGUGCACCCUGUCACGGGAGAGAGCAUCAUCCCGCAAACGAGCGUCCGCCAAGUCUUGUCCGUCAUGACUACGUGUGGCAUGUACGACGCUGCGGGAGAUUGGGUUUCAAACGUCGGCAUUCCUGCGAAGAGCGGUGUGGCCGGCGGAAUCAUCGGUGCUCUGCCAGGCCAGGUCGGCAUUGCUGCCUUCUCUCCCAAGCUUGACGAGCGUGGCAACAGUGUGAGAGGCGUGGCGAUAUGCGAGCGGCUGUCGCGAGAUAUGGGCCUGCAUAUGAUGGAUGCCAGCCAGAUCUCCAGGGCCACGGUGCGUACAUCCGUGGCAACCAUUGUCGCAGGCGAGAGCGAGCCCCAUCACGCGAACUGCCAGAAGGAAGUCGUCAUAUUCAGCCUGCGAGGCGCCGUUCGCUUCGCAGGUUCGGAGCGUCUUACUCGGGCUCUUGCGCGCGAACUUGGCCCGCCAAACCCAGAUGACCCCGGUUCCGGGAAGCACGGGAACGCCUGUGCUGUCGUCUUCUCGUUCCGUGAAGCCUAUUCCCUGAAUGCCAUUGCACAACGAAUCAUCCAUGAGGAUAUUCAUCGACUACUUCUAGAAGACAAGAGCGUGGUGGUGAUCGACCCGUCGUGCGUUCUGCAACUGGAUGAUCGUCUUGAGGGAAGGACGCGGCAUCCGCAUGUUGUCCGGACCGAGACUGAGGCGCGGAACUACAUUGGAGGGAUCGGGUGUCAAACCGUGUCCAAGUCUGAUAAUUGGUGAUGCUCUACGGAGUAAUUGAUUAGUUAUAUACAUCAUGGUCUAUACCACCAAGGCAGAGCAGAUGUUUCCCCACUAGCAAAUUGCCUCGUUUUCAUUUCCCUAAGCGUCUCACAUGCAAAAUGCAAGCAGGGCGAGAGGGGCAUGAGAAACAUAUUUUGGUCUCGAGCUACGGAGGGCUCUUUCAAAAGUCUUAUCCAAGCGCUAG